CUUGCAUAUUCGCGUAAAUAUUUAUUGGCGGAUUGAAUUUUUAUUUUUCUAUUACAAUUCAAGACAUACAGCAGUGUGCAAGUAGAUUUUCGACGCACAUGCAAUAUUAAGUAUCUGUUUGACUUUUUAUUUUAUAUCAAAAGCUGUUGUGAGUCAAAAGAAAAAAGAGAGUGAAAGAGAAAUUUUUAAAGUUAAUCUAUGAGCAAAAAAUAAGGUGAACAGACAUAGAUUCACGUGCUUUUUUGUGUUUUAUCUGUGGUGAAAAAAGUCGACGACCAUGUUCGAGAGGAGCUUUGGAAAACUUUUCCUAUUUAUUGCAUUUUUCAAAAUUCAUGGAAGUUUUGAGCGCGAAAUUGAACUUGGACCUUGCUAUUUGUCCAUACUUUCGCCAUGUGCUAACAAUUCGAUUCAAUUUCAUCUUUACUACAUAAAUUCGUCCGAUAAUAGCCCACAACAUGAUAUACUUGAUAAUAUCGCGCCAAUUCUUCCAUUCGACAAAAAUGAGAUAUCAAGUAGGAAGUUCAAAUUAGUAGUUCAUGGCUAUGGUGGGCAUACCGAUGUCAGUGGAUUCAAACUCAUUCGCGAUGCAUAUCUAAAGCAUAAUGACACAGUAGUAAUGGUUGUUGAUUGGAGUCGAUUGGCCAAACUUCCAUGCUAUCCAUCAGCAGCAAUAAAUACAAAACAAGCCGGUGAAUGUGCGGCACAAUUUCUUAUGGGUAUGCAGGAGAAUAAUGAUGGCUUCAAAGCUACAAAUGUCCAUGCAAUUGGAUUUUCACUUGGAGCUCAUGUAGCAUCUUUUGCAAGUAAUGCAAUUGAAAAAGCUUUUGGUUCAAAAUUUCAUCGUAUAAGUGGAUUGGAUCCCGCACUUCCUUUUUUUGCUACUGCACGGCAACAUUGGAAACUCGACUCUACAGACGGGGAUUUCGUUGAUGUAAUACAUACCAAUGCGGGAGUAUAUGGAAAAUUGGAAUCAUGCGGUCACGUUGAUUUCUACAUGAAUAACGGACAAUUUCAGCCAUCGUGCGCGAAAGCAAAAAGUAAUGAAUUUAUACAGUUUUUUGAAAUGUUCCAUGUGUGAAAAUGUGAAGGAAAUUUCAGGUUUCAGGAUAAUUUUUAAAUUAUUUUUUCAUUCACGA